AUGGCCGCCCCGGAAGCGCCAUGGCGCUCUGCCUUCCUGGCCCACGCCCAGCAGGCCGGCACGGCGACCUUUACCCUGAGCACGCUGCAUCCGCUCGACAGCAACCAGUUCGUGCCCAGGGCGAGGACCGUCGUCUUUCGCGGCAUGUGGGCGUCCCUGCCGGAGAAUCCAAGAAACCCGGCGCCGCUCAACCCGGCCGCCUUCACCAGCGACAUGCCGACCAUCACGACGGAUGUGCGCAUGGAAAAGGUGCCGGAGCUGAUGGCCAGCACACAGGAGCCGUCCGCGUCGUCAGGGGCACAGUCUGCUGCGGGAGGCCCCGUCGAAGCCGUCUUCUGGAUGGAAAAGGCCAACGUGCAAUGGCGCAUCCGCGGCCGUGCCUACAUCAUCGGGCCGGACAUCGACUCGGAGGCUGCCGCGCCCGUGAGAGCUGCUCUGCAGCCCUGGAUGCGGGUUGUCGAUGAAGGGAGGAAGGAUGGCUGGAGCUGGAGCAGAGAGCUUACCGCCAGCUUUGGCAACCUGAGUCCCUUGAUGAGAGGGUCCUUCCGGAAUCCACUGCCCGGAACGCCUCUGACGCAGAAGCCAGAGCCAGGCCAGGGCUUGGGGCAGGAAGUGGACGAUCUCCAUGAUGAGCUGGCGCGGAACAACUUUCGAGUGUUGGUCAUCAUGCCGGAAGAGAUUGACCAGAUAGACUUGUCAGACCCAAAGAGAGGUCGGAGGUGGAACCACAAGGUUGAGGUGUCCGGAUCUGACAUCUCUUGGAGAACGACGGAGCUUUGGCCAUGA